GUUUUUGUUUAUUUGACAAUUGACCAUUCAAGUUUCAACUCCCCUUUCUCCCUCUCUCAUCAGCAGCCUCUCUCUCUCUCUCUCUCUCUCUCCCCCUCUCUUUCCAUUUGUUUCUUCCACUUUAAGUUCCAACUCUCUCUCUCCAAUUUUUUCUUCCACUUUUAAAGUUCCAACUCUCUCUCUCUCUCUCUCCCCCCCCUCUACAAUGGCUGCAACUUUUGCUCUCCUCUUCUUCCUGCUAUCUGUCCCUGCCGUCCUCUGCAACUCUGAAGGAAAUGCUUUACAUGUCCUAAGAACUAGACUUUCUGACCCUAAUAAUGUUCUACAAAGUUGGGAUCCAACACUGGUCAAUCCUUGUACCUGGUUCCAUGUUACUUGUGAUAAUCAAAAUUCUGUUACUCGUUUGGACUUGGGCAAUGCAAAUUUUUCAGGAUCUCUUGGUUCGGAGCUUGGUGAGCUUGAGAACCUCCAAUACCUGGAACUGUAUCGGAAUAACAUUGAUGGAAAAAUUCCAAAGGAGUUGGGUAAAUUGAAAAACCUUAUCAGCAUGGAUUUGUAUAACAACAAAUUUGAAGGAAGAAUCCCCAAAUCCUUUGCUAAGUUGAAGUCUCUAAGAUUUUUACGGCUAAAUGAUAACAACCUAUCUGGACCUAUUCCAAGAAAACUAUCCAAACUUUCCAACCUCAAAGUUUUUGAUGUGUCUAAUAACAACCUCUGUGGAACAAUACCUGUUGAUGGCCCUUUCGCAAAUUUCCCCAUAAAAAGCUUUAAGAACAAUAGGCUUAACGGACCUGAGCUAAAAGGGCUAGUACCCUAUGACUUUGGAUGCUAAAACUUGUGCCAAGGUUUAAAUGUCUGCUUGGAUUGCCACAAUGUAAUAAUAGUUAUCAUGUAUACGUAAUGUAUCUAGCUUGUAUGAACUUGCCAAUAAGUUUAUAAUGCUCCAAAUAUCGUCUUUCUGUCAGACAUUUUACUGUAUAAGAUCACAGAGUCGUGAGUUUACAAAAGUAAAAUAAAAUUCAGAGUUGUGAACCUA